CGGGCGAGCAGCGUCCUCCACCCUCCCUUCCUCUACGACCACCAUGCCCCCCUCAGCAGCAAAACAAAAGCGUCUCGCAGAAAAGGCCGCAAAGCAGUCCGUCAAGGGCAAGUCCGAUGCAACUACGACCACGGGCUCGACCGACACACCCAAUGGCUCCGUGUUCGGGAGCAAGGCAGGCAGCUCCGUGAACACCCCGCUCACGAGCCUGUCCGCCGCGGGCAGCCAUGAGGACCUCACGAGCAUGGCAAAGCUGCAGCUCGCCACGGACAGGAGUGCCGCGGGCGUGUUGGUGUCCGAUCCCAAGGGCCGGGACAUCAAGAUUGACUCGUACACGCUCUCGUUCCAUGGGCGGUUGUUGAUUGAGGGCGCGGAAGUCUCGCUGAACUACGGGCAACGGUACGGUCUGCUGGGAGAGAACGGCUCUGGAAAGUCGACUUUCCUGCAAUCCAUCGCCGAGCGAGACAUCGAAAUCCCGGAUCACAUCGAUAUCUAUCUCGUCAGCGGCGAGGCUGAGCCCUCUGAUAUCAACGCCGUUGACUAUAUCAUCGCGUCCGCAAGAGAAAAGGUCGCCAAAAUUGAGCAGCGGAUUGAGGACCUCUCCGUCGCAGACGACGUCGACGACGUCGCGCUCGAGCAGUCGUACGAGGAGCUCGAGGAGUUGGACCCGAGCACGUUCGAGGCGAAGGCGUCCAGCAUUCUGCACGGUCUCGGGUUCACCCAGCUGAUGAUGGCGCGUCCCACAAAGGACAUGUCUGGUGGAUGGCGGAUGCGUGUUGCUCUUGCGCGCGCACUGUUCCUGAAGCCGCACCUUUUGCUCCUGGACGAGCCGACGAACCACCUCGAUCUCGAAGCAGUCGUGUGGCUCGAGGCGUACCUGUCGAUGUACAACCACAUUCUGGUGAUCACGUCCCACUCGCAGGACUUCAUGGACACCGUCUGCACGAACAUCAUGGACCUUACCACCAAGAAGCAGCUCACGUACUAUGGUGGUAACUACUCGACUUACGUGCGGACGAAGCAGGAGAACGAGGUUAACCAGAUGAAGGCGUACAGCAAACAACAAGAGGAAAUCGCACACAUCAAGAAGUUCAUUGCAUCUGCGGGAACGUACGCUAACUUGGUUAAGCAAGCCAAGUCAAAGCAGAAAAUCAUCGACAAGAUGGAGGCGGCUGGGCUUAUCGAGAAAAUAGAGGUACCGAGACCGCUCCGCUUCCACUUCGAGGACGUCUCGAAGCUGCCCCCUCCCAUCCUCGCAUUCAACGACGUCGCCUUCUCGUAUUCCGGCAAGAAGGAAGAUUAUCUCUACCAGAAUCUCUCCUUCGGUAUCGACAUGGAGUCCCGCGUUGCGAUCGUGGGACAGAACGGUACGGGGAAGUCGACGCUCCUCAACCUCAUCACCGGCUCGCUCCAGCCGUCAUCGGGCACGGUGUCGCGGCAUGUGAACCUCAAGCUUGCAAAGUACUCACAGCACUCUGCGGACCAGCUGCCGUACAACAAGCCGCCGAUCGAGCAUUUCCAGUCGCUUUACGCCGAGAAGUACCCGGAUAAGGACGUCCAGGCUUGGCGUGCUCAGCUUGGUCGAUUUGGUCUGUCGGGCCCACACCAGACGUCGCCGAUCAAGCAGUUAUCGGACGGUCUCCGGAAUCGUGUCGUAUUCGCGCAGCUCGCGAUGGAGCACCCGCACAUCCUGCUGCUUGAUGAGCCGACGAACCACUUGGACAUGGCCUCGAUCGACGCUCUGGCGCUAGCGAUCAAGGACUACGAGGGAGGUGUUGUGAUUGUCUCGCACGACUUCCGUCUUAUCUCGCAAGUCGCCGAAGAACUCUGGGAGGUGAAAGAUCGCAAAAUCAAGAACCUCACCAAGGAAGGCCUCACCAUCGUCGAUUACAAGAACCUUCUCGUGAAAGCCAGUUAUGCCGCGCUGGAGAAGGCUAAACUGUUCAGCAAGACCACUCAGAAGACGAAGGCGUAGAGCAGCUCGUGCCCAUACGUCUGGCUCUGUUCCCGUCGCUCUCAUCGCCCGACUGUAGUAGACAAACAUUGACGACGACACGCACACGCAUACGCAUGCAUACUUGUAGCCGCAAUCUGUGCCAACAAUCACGAUCAGUAUUAAUGUGUUCGCAGUGGUUCAUACGCAUUAUACCACACUGUCUUUUUGAAUCUUGUUUCGUUACUCACCUUCUCCGCUGUAUCAGUCAGUACCAACAUGUAGUAGACGAGCGAUAGCAGUCGCAAUGCACAUGCAGCACCUAAAGUUAUCGUA